GCUCGCAAGCGCAUUCCCUGUGGAUUAGAGCAGCCCAAGUGUAAGCAGUGUGGGGGUGUUUGCCCAUGUGAUCGGCACUCCGAUGAGUCCUUGACUACCCACAGCGCACAAGGUCCUUCUGUCUGUCACCAAGGUGAAAAUGCUUUGAGUCACUCAUCACAGCCAAGUGACCGUAAGGAAGUGCAGACACAAAAGAAAAGCCAUACGUGUCAGGAGUGUGGGAAAGUAUUUUCUAAACCCUCAGUCCUUACAAGGCACAUGAGUAUUCAUAGUGGAGAGAAGCCAUUUACAUGUCAGGAGUGUGGGAAGGCCUUCAGUUACCCCUUAUCCCUCAGGAGGCACAUGAAUUUUCAUACCGGAGAGAAACUUUAUACGUGCCAAGAAUGUGGGAAAGCCUUUGCUCGAGCCUCACACCUUACUAGACACAUGCAUGUUCAUACAGGCGAGAAGCCUUAUGCAUGUCAGGAGUGCGGGAAGGCUUUUGCUCAGUCCUCACAACUUACCAGGCACGUAAAUAUUCACACUGGGAAGAAGCCUUACGUAUGUCAGGAGUGUGGGAAGGCUUUCUCUCGAUCCUCACACCUGUGUGGGCACAAGAAAAUCCAUACAGGAGAGAAACCUUACACAUGUCAGGAGUGUGGGAAGGCCUUCGCUCAGUCCUCUCAACUUACGAGGCACAUGAGCAUUCACACAGGAGAGAAACCUUAUUCAUGUCAGGAGUGUGGGAAGGCAUUUGCUCAGUCUUCCAACCUUUUAGUACACAAGAAAAUUCAUACAGGAGAGAAGCCUUAUUCAUGUCGGGAAUGUGGGAAAGCCUUCACCCAAUCCUCAUACCUUACGAUGCACAUGAAUAUUCAUACUGGAAAGAAGCCUUAUACAUGUCAGGAGUGCGGGAAGGCCUUUGCUCAAUAUUCAGGCUAUACUAGCCAUUUGAAUGUUCACAAGGGAAAGAAGCCUUAUACAUGUCAGGAGUGCGGGAAGGACUUUGCUCAAUAUUCAGGCCUUUUUGUGCACAAGAAAAUCCAUACAGGAGAGAAGCCCUAUUCCUGUCAGGAGUGUGGGAAGGCCUUCGCUCAAUAUUCAGGCCUUUUUGUGCACAAGAAAAUUCAUAUGGAAGAGAAGCCUUAUUCAUGUCAGGUAUGUGAGAAGGCAUUCAAACAAUCCUCACAGCUUAGUAGGCACAUGAAUAUUCAUACAGGAAAGAAGCCUUUUACGUGUCAGGAAUGUGGGAAGGCCUUCACUCAAUUUUCAAACCUUUAUGUGCACAAGAAAAUUCACUCAGGAGAAAAGCCCUUUUCAUGUCAGAAGUGUGGGAAGGCCUUCACUCAGUCCUCACACCUUACUAGACACAUGAAUGUUCAUACUGGAGAGAAACCUCAUCCGUGUCAGGAGGUUGGGAAGACCGUUGCUCAAUAUUCAGACCUUGCGCACAAGAAAGUCCAUGGAGAGAAGCCUUAUGCAUGCCUGGACUGUGGGAAGGCCUUUGCCUUUACAUCAGGCCUUCGUAGACAUAUGACAAUUCAUUCUGGAGAGAAACGUGCAUUGCGUAAGUAGAGUGGGAAGUCCUUUACUCCUGUUCAAAGCUUUUCAUACAUGUGAAAAUUAUAUUUGGAGGUCUGAACAACCAUAGAACAUGGUUGGACUUGCACAUCUUGCCCAGGUUUGAUCUCAAAUCCUAUAUUCCAAGCACACUGACAGUGAUUUUAGAGUGCAGAGCCAAAGCAAAAGCACCACAGUGUGGUUCCCCCCAAAAGAAAAUUUAAACGUUGGAGGGGGGAAUCAUGGCUUAUAGGGUACAUAUUUACUUCUGCAUAAAAAAUGCAUAUUUGGGGCCAGAACAAU